CGAGCGUAUUGGCUUUCACAGAGUGCCUCGGGCGCAGCUUGAGACGACCGAAAGCUGAUAUGUCUACCCUCGCAGCCUCGCAACAAACACCAUAAAUGGACUAGCCCCCAAUCUCCAUCCGACGUCUUUGGAUAAAUGACUAGGGCUGCCAAACCAUCAACAAUCAAACAGCUCCUGAUAUGUGCUAAGGAGCACCACAGAUAUAUGCGAGCUUCUCCCGCCAGCCGACCAUAACAAUCGACCAUCCACAUCACCACACCAACCAACCAACCAUGGCCUCCACAAAAGCCCCAGCAACAACAGCCGCCCAAGAGUUCAAGAACAAAGCCACCCAGGCCGAAGCCAAACUCGACAAAAAACUAACCCACCUCUGGCACGAAAUCGCCCCCUGGCAACAAGACAACGCGUACAUAACCUCCGGCUACCGCGCACAAUCGAAUUCUUACGCCAAGUCCUGGAAAUCGCUCUUCUACCUCCACAACGAGACGGUCAACAUCUACACGCACCUUCUAGGCGCCGUAGUCUUCUUCGCUACGGGCGGCUUUCUGUACGGCGAGCUGCGGCCGCGCUAUGAGACCGCGAGUCGAGAGGAUUUGUGCGCUUUUGCGUGUUUUUUUGCCGGCGCGGUGGCGUGUCUGGGUAUGAGUGGCACGUAUCAUACGAUUCAGAACCAUAGCCAUGAAGUGGCAGUUUGGGGGAAUAAGUUGGAUUAUCUGGGGAUUGUGUUUUUGAUCUGGGGGAGCUUCGUGCCGGUGUUGUACUACGCGUUCGAUCGGGAGCCGGGGCUGAUGAAGACGUAUUGGACUAUGAUCACCACACUCGCAGCAGGAACUUCCGUCGCUUGUAUCCAUCCACAGUUCCGCACCCCAGCACUCCGCCCCGUUCGAGCGCUGAUGUUCGUGCUCAUGGGCCUCUCAGCCGUCUUCCCGGUGCUUCACGGCGUUAAGCUCUACGGCGUCGAACAUCUUCGCAAGAGCAUUGGCCUUGAUUGGGUCGUCAUGCAGGGUGUAUUGUACAUCGCUGGUGCUGGCUUGUAUGCGGCGAGAGUACCGGAGAAGUGGGCUCCCGGAAGAUUCGAUAUCUGGGGUAGUAGUCAUCAGGUCUUCCAUGUUCUGGUUGUGAUGGCUGCGGCAAGUCAUCUGGUGGGGCUGGUGAAGGCUUUCGACUAUGCUCACAGUCAACGGGCGACGGUUGAUAGGGCGGUUACGUGGGCCACAAGCCUUUGAAGUUUACAUCACAAUCGCAUUCAGAUGGCAUGCAAGCCGAGAACAGUUGGUCCCAUAGGCCGUAGCUGAUCUGCGUAGCGCAUGAAAGCGCAGCACUUCGACAAGGCAGAUUCGCAUGGCCUUCGAAUGGUUCGCAAAGAUUCGAUAACUGUCUGUUGCAUUACCCCGCC